UAUUUUACGAACUGUAUUCUGUAACGUGUAAGAUUUGUUCAUAAAUGUUUUCUAUUAUGACAAACGUAUGCUACUCGUAUCGAAAUUGAUAAUGAAUAGUACAUAUUAUCAAUGAUGUUACAGUAUCAUUUUUAGUUGUUGGUAGAUAAGUGUCGUAUCGUUCAAAGUUAUCGGUUAUUUUAGAGCCGUUUAUUUUACUGUUCUUUUUUUUUUUUUUUUUACUCAUUAUAAUAACGUAAUACUUUGUAUAUUUAUCAACAAAGGUAAUUUUAAAUUAUUUUUUUGUUGCGGUCUCGAUGUCUGCUGAUCUCACGUGGCUGAACAUAUUUAAUCAACGCUGUCAAUCGCGUUUGGUGUAGUUCGUUAGUGCCAUGAGGGUCUAUUCCAUUUAUUUGUUGAUUGUGUGCUUGUCCAGCGGACUGGUCCGGUGUUCCGUCAACGACAAUGAAUUCAUCGAUCCCUUGGACAUGCUCAAUUACGACCGGUCGACCGCUUCAAUGAGAAGGUCUCGGACACAGGAGACCAGCAACAACGCUAAAUCAGUUCACGAUGACCGUUGUACUGUGUUUGUCUCGAGAUUUAUUAACAGUUUGCUCCAAAAUACCGGAUUGUCUUCCAAACAGAAGAACCAAGAAGAGCUGAAAUCCUACACUUUGGUAAAAAUCAGUGAUAAAGAUCUUCAGUCGUUGAAAAAUAUGGCCAGUAACAGAAAUAUUGAUUAUGUUGAAAUUGAUCGAAUAUUAAAUAGUAUGUUUACUCCCUUUAAAAAAAGUAUGACAGACAAGUAUGAAGGAACAUCGUUUAAUGAGAUUAAGGGAGUGCUAUUUUGGAUUUUCUGUGGCCUUAUAUUGUUGCUUACACUAUAUGUUAUAUCUAAACAAAUUCACUUUGUGUUGAGCUACACAUUUGUUUUUAGUGUUAUAAUUAUUCUCGCAUUUGCUUCAACUUGGUAUUCUAUGUACAUGAAAGCUGUAAUUAAUCGAAAUGUUCACCUGGACCAUAUGCCUGCUCAUUGUCAACAUACAGGAGGAAGUUGGCUUCAUUCGAGUUGGUUUAGAAGACAUGAUAUUGAGGAGUGCAAAAGGUUCAGAGAGGCAAUUAUUUUGGAUCCAAAGUAUUCCAUUUCAGUAACUGAAGUGUUAUCUGAAAUGUUGAGUAAAAUUAUAACAAAACCAAUUGAAAGCUUAGGAGAAUCUAUUUAUGGAUUUAAUAAAUCAGUUUUAAAGGAUAUUCCAUUUUGGGCUCAGAUAUUGAUAGUUCCUAUCAUUAUUGUCAUAUUCAUAAAAUCAUUUUUGUUGGCAAUUGCAUUAUUAGUUGGUAGAAGUUUGAGUAUGAAAUCCGUGUUUGGAUAUGGUGGCACAUCAAUUGGCUCAGGACCUACAAUUAACGAUCAGAAUAACACAUAUAGUAGAACCAACAAUAAUACCCAACCAACAACUAGAGUAUUACCCACUAUUACUCAUAUGCCUCAAAUUCCCAAAGUUAAUUUAAAUAUCAAUUUAUUUCAUCCUAGUAAUAUUGUUGAUGAUUGUAAAAAAAUAGAAAAUAAUACUUCGUUCUUAAUUAAUAAUAAAUUAAAAACUAAUAAAAAAAAUCUAAGCAAUUUAAUAGAAAUGUUAAAGAAUAAAGAGAUUGAUAGUGUUGAUAGUAAAAAUGCUGAUAGUCUAGCUGUGAAAAGAUAUAGGCAUAGAACAUUAUCUUUUUGAUUUUCAUUUUCAGAAUACAUACUGCACAAAUUUUGAUCUGAUUAUAAUUUUAAAAUGUUACUUAUUUUUGUCUAUUUUUAUUGAUAGCUUUG